CCGCCAUGUUGUGGGGCUGAGCCGCCGCGGGAGGCGGAGGAGCCGUAGCCCGAGUGGAGCCGCCGCUCGCGGGCAGCGCAACAGAUGGCUAAGAGCUAGCAAGGCAGAUCCGGGACCAUGAUGGCUCAGUUUCCCACAGCCAUGAACGGAGGUCCAAACAUAUGGGCCAUCACCUCCGAAGAGCGGGCCAAGCACGACAAGCAGUUUGAUAGCCUUAAACCCACGGGAGGCUACAUUACAGGUGAUCAAGCACGUACCUUUUUUUUGCAAUCAGGACUACCAGCUUCAAUCCUUGCUGAAAUAUGGACACUAUCAGACCUGAACAAGGAUGGAAAAAUGGAUCAACAGGAGUUCUCUAUAGCCAUGAAACUCAUCAAGCUGACAUUGCAAGGACAGCACUUGCCUGCAGUUCUCCCUCCUGUCAUGAAACAAGCUCCAGUAUUUUCGCCACUAAUGUCAGCUCGCUUUGGAAUGGGUAGUAUGCCAAAUCUGUCCAUGCCAACAUCUGUGUCUACGAUCACACCAUUAGCUCCCAUGUCUCUGGCUUCCAUGACUUCCAUUCCUCCUUUGGUUAUCUCUGCUCCCCUGGUGCCUUCUGUCAGUACCUCCUCGUUGCCAAAUGGAACAUCCAGCCUUCUGCAGCCUUUGUCCAUACCUUUCUCUUCAACGCUGCCUCAUACUGGUUCUUUAGGUCCUGUGGCAGGAGGGUUUGGUGGUUCUAAUAUACAGAAGGCACAGUCUCUCAUUGAUUUAGGAUCUAGCAGUUCAAAUUCUUCCUCUAGUGCAUCACUAGCUGGGAAUUCACCAAAGAUUACAACCUCAGACUGGGCAGUUCCUCAGGCCUCCAGAUUAAAAUACAGACAGAAAUUUAACAGUCUUGACAAAAGUAUGAGUGGAUAUUUAUCAGGAUUUCAAGCAAGGAAUGCCCUUCUGCAAUCAAACCUUUCACAGACUCAGCUGGCUACUAUUUGGUCAUUGGCUGAUAUUGAUGGAGAUGGGCAGCUGAAGGCUGAUGAGUUUGUUCUGGCCAUGCACCUCACAGACAUGGCCAAAGCUGGGCAACCGCUGCCACUGACUCUGCCUCUCGAACUGGUACCACCUUCCUUCAGGAGUGGAAAAUAUACUGAAAAUAUAAAUGGAACUCUGCCACCUUACCAGCCUGUGCAGGAGGAGGAGCCACAGAAAAAACAGCCAGUGACAUUUGAGGACAAAAGGAAAGCCAACUAUGAGAGGGGAAAUAUGGAGCUGGAAAAACGCCGCCAGGUCCUGCUGGAGCAGCAGCAGAGAGAGGCUGAACGCAAGGCUCAGAAAGAGAGAGAAGAACAAGAGCGAAGGGAGAGGGAACGUCAGGAACAGGAACGGAAAAGACAACUCGAAAUGGAAAGGCAGCUGGAGAGACAACGAGAGCUGGAAAGACAAAGGGAAGAAGAAAGGAGGAAAGAAAUAGAAAGGCGGGAGGCAGCAAAGCAAGAACUUGAGCGCCAGCGACGAUUGGAAUGGGAGAGAAUUCGUCGCCAAGAACUUCUUAAUCAACGUAACAGGGAACAAGAAGAAAUUGUCAAGUUGACCUCUAAAAAGAAGAGCCUCGAUCUUGAAUUAGAAGCUCUGACCGACAAACAUAAGCAAAUCUCAGGCAGACUGCAAGAUAUUCGUAGCAAAAAGCAAGCUAGAAAAACUGAACUGGAGGCUUUAGAUAGGAAAUAUGACCAAGGAAUCAUGGAAGUCAAGCAACUGCAACAACAGCUUGAGGAUUAUCAGAAUAAACUAAUCUAUUUGGUUCCUGAAAAGCAGUUGUUAAGUGAAAGGAUAAAAAAUGCUCAACUUGAAAACACUCAGAGUGCAGGAGUCGGUUCAGUGACCAAGAAGUCCAUAGAAAAGGAAGAAUUAUGCCAAAGACUUAAGGAACAAUUAGAUGCCCUUGAGAAGGAAACUGCUUCUAAACUUGCUGAAAUGGAUGAAUUUAACAGUCAGCUUAAGUGUGAGAAUAUGGAUGAUUCUGUUCUUCAGUGCCUUUUGUCUCUGCUAAGCUGUCUCAACAACCUCUUCCUCUUACUUAAGGACCUGAGAGAAAGUUACAGCACACAGCAAUUAGCCUUGGAGCAGCUCCACAGGAUCAAACAGGACAAAAUAAGGGAGAUAGAAAAAAGAAGAACUGAACUUGUACAGCAGAAGAGACUGGAAGAUGAGGCUGCAAGGAAAGCAAAACGGGAGAAGGAGAACCGGUGGCAGGAAAAUAUUCGAAGGGAAGAGGAAGAGAAAAAGAAGCGACUGGAGGAAGAACGGAUGCAGGAAAAAGUCCAAGAAAAGCUGAAAGCUGAAGAAGUACUUGCUCAGAUGAGAGAAAGGGAAAACAAACAACAGCUUCUUGCAGAGGAGGAGAAAAGUAGACAAGCCACAAUCCUGAGGGAGGCAGAACAACAAAGGCAGAGGCAACUGGAAGAAGAUAAAAGAAAGCAAGAACAAAUAGCAAAAGAAGCUGAGGAGAGGCGUAAGCAGAACGAAGAAAUGAAAAAGAUAAAAGAAGCAACCAACUCUCAAGAGAUGGAGAAACACACUUCUAAAAUAAACAUAAAUGAAAAGUUUGCAGAUCUUUUGAAACCAACAGAGGGUAAAAGUCUUAAGCCACCCUGGAAAAAUGAAGGCAAUGCAGUUAGUGUUGCAGAGUCCAGGAAUUCUGUUGCCUUGGUAAAUUACAGAGCGUUGUAUCCGUUUGAAGCAAGGAACCACGAUGAGAUGAGCUUUAAUACUGGGGAUGUAAUUCAGGUUGAUGAAAAAACUGUCGGAGAGCCUGGUUGGCUUUAUGGGAGUUUUCAAGGACAUUUUGGUUGGUUUCCAUGCAAUUAUGUAGAAAAAAUACCAGAAGGAGAAAAAGCUUUAUCUCCUAAGAAAGCCUUACUUCCUCCUACAGUAUCUUUAUCUACUACCUCAGCUGCUUCAGAACCACUUUCACCAAGUAAAUCUGCAGAAGAAUCUGAUUACCAAAACAUCCCCUUUUCUAACCUGAAUGUUAGUACAGCCUGGCAACAGAAAUCAGCUUUUACUCGCACUGUGUCCCCUGGAUCUGUUUCACCCGUUCAUGGGCAGGGGCAGCCUGUCGAGAACCUAAAAGCACAAGCACUUUGCUCUUGGACUGCAAAAAAAGAUAACCACUUGAAUUUUUCGAAGAAUGAUAUCAUUACUGUCCUGGAGCAGCAGGAGAACUGGUGGUUCGGGGAGGUACAUGGAGGAAGGGGUUGGUUUCCAAAGUCGUAUGUCAAGCUCUUACCUGGGAGUGAAAUCAAGAAAGAGGAACCAGAAGCUAUUUAUGCAGCUGUAAACAAAAGGCCUAAUACACAGUGUUACACAGCAGGAGAGGAGUACGUUGCCCUCUAUUCGUAUUCAAGCUCUGAGCCUGGUGACUUGACUUUCACGGAAGGUGAGGAAAUCCUAGUGACCCAGAAGGAAGGGGAAUGGUGGACCGGGAGCAUUGAUAGCAGAACUGGAAUCUUCCCCUCCAAUUAUGUCAGACCAAAGGAUCCAGAAGGUUCUAGUUAUUCUGGCAAAACUGGAACAAUAAAUAAGAAACCCGAAAUUGCUCAGGUUACUACUGCCUAUGUUGCAUCAGGGACUGAACAGCUCAGUCUUGCUCCAGGACAGCUAAUACUUAUCCUGAAGAAAAAUGCCAGUGGAUGGUGGCAAGGAGAGUUGCAGGCAAGAGGGAAAAAGAGACAGAAAGGAUGGUUCCCUGCCAGCCAUGUGAAGUUACUGGGUCCAAGCAGUGAAAGAACCACAUCUGCUGCUCCCUCAGUGUGUCAAGUGAUAGCCAUGUACGAUUACACGGCGAACAAUGAGGAUGAGCUCAGUUUCUCCAAGGGGCAGCUGAUUAAUGUACUGAACAAAGAUGAUGCUGACUGGUGGCAAGGAGAAAUCAGUGGUGUGACAGGUCUCUUCCCCUCAAACUAUGUGAAGAUGACCACGGAUUCCGAUCCAAGUCAGCAGUGGUGUGCUGAUCUCCAGAGCCUUGACACCAUGCAGCCAAUGGAAAGGAAGAGGCAGGGCUACAUUCACGAGCUCAUUCAGACGGAGGAAAGGUACAUGGACGAUCUGCAGCCUGUGACAGAUGUUUUCCAAAAACCAAUGGCUGAUUCGGGCUCUCUCACAGAAGGAGAAAUGGGGCUGAUCUUUGUUAACUGGAAGGAACUCAUCAUGUCAAAUACAAAGUUACUGAAAGCCUUGCGGGUGCGUAAGAAAACGGGAGGAGAGAAGAUGCCGGUGCAGAUGAUCGGGGACAUCCUGGCAGCAGAGCUGUCCCACAUGCAGGCCUACAUCCGGUUCUGCAGCUGCCAGCUCAACGGGGCGUCGCUGCUGCCAAAAACUGAUGAAGAUGCUGAUUUCAAAGACUACUUAAAGAAACUUGCGUUGGACCCUCGCUGCAAAGGAAUGCCCCUCUCCAGUUUCCUCCUGAAACCAAUGCAAAGGAUUACACGCUACCCUCUGCUCAUAAAGAGUAUUCUAGAGAACACUCCAGAAAGCCACCCGGAUCACAGUACCCUGAGGCUGGCCCUGGAGCGUGCAGAGGAGCGCUCCCAGGUGAACGAAGGGGUGCGGGAGAAGGAGAACUCGGACAGGCUGGAAUGGAUACAGUCAGUCCAGUGCGAAGGCCUUGCUGAGACUGAUCUCUGCAAAGUGCUCAUGUGCUGUGCAUAAUUAUUUUUGUCCUCCCUAGCAACCUGUUUCAACUCCCUCACAAACUGCCUGGGACCACUGGAAUCCUGCAUAGUGGGAAAGCUGUACAAGGCCAAGAGCAGUAAGGAGCUGUACGGAUUCCUUUUCAAUGACUUCCUCCUGCUCACCUACAUGGUUAAACAGUUGUCUUCUGGCUCCGAUAAACUGUUCAGCCCCAAAUCCAACUCCCAGUUCAAAAUGUACAAAAUGCCGGUUUUCCUUAAUGAAGUCCUGGUGAAACUGCCCACAGACCCUUCAAGCGAUGAGCCAGUUUUCCACAUAUCACACAUCGACAGAGUUUACACACUUAAAACUGACAACAUCAACGAGCGUACUGCCUGGGUCCAGAAAAUCAAAGCGGCGUCAGAGCAGUACAUCGAAACGGAGAAGAAGAAACGUGAAAAGGCUUAUCAAGCUCGCUCACAGAAAACCUCAGGAAUAGGACGUUUGAUGGUGCACGUGAUUGAAGCAACAGAACUAAAGGCCUGUAAGCCCAAUGGGAAGAGCAACCCGUACUGUGAGAUCAGCAUGGGCUCGCAGAGCUACACUACCAGAACCAUGCAGGACACCCUGAACCCCAAGUGGAACUUCAACUGCCAGUUCUUCAUCAAGGACCUGUAUCAGGAUGUCCUGUGUAUCACCAUGUUUGACAGGGAUCAGUUCUCACCCGAUGAUUUUUUGGGUCGCACCGAAGUUCCAGUAGCAAAAAUCCGAACAGAACAAGAGAGCAAAGGCCCCAUGACUAAACACCUACUGCUGCAUGAAGUUCCAACUGGAGAAGUCUGGGUGCGCUUUGACCUGCAGCUCUUUGAUCAGAAAGCACUCUUCUAAGAACACCUUUUUUUAAUUUAUGAAGGACAACUGAAGCUGACAGACUGAAUAUCUAUUGGUAAAAGAUUCCUUGCCCCACGCUGGUUAUUAAGCAAGAGUUCCUGCUGCCUCCGUGUUUCCUCUUAGUUCCUGCUUGUGCUUAGUUCCUUGCAGUGUUCCCAGUUGUUGUUGAUCUAUGCAAACACAAAUGUUACUGUAUAUACAGUACUAUAGCUCAGUGCCUUUUUAUUAUGUUGGAAUAUCUUGGGUUUGGAUGCCAAUGUUUCCAUUUUCAGGGCCAUAAAAAGUAUUAAGUAGAAAUGUGGCACCAAGCUGUUUGUAUAUUUUACCACUUGGUCUGACAGACAGACAGGAAUGGUUUAAGCUCAACACUGGAAUCAUUCCAUUUGAAAUCCUAAAAGUGAUAUCCACUGGAAUCUUCCCGUCUCAGGAUGAUGGUUUUAAAGGUAAAAUGCUGAAGAAGCCUUAGUACUGGAGAAGUCUCCAAUAUAUUGUAUAUUCUUUAAGAAUCAAGUGUAGUUCUUUACUUGACUUAGUUCUGCACUGGAAUCAGUAACUGCUACUUGAUUUUAAUUUCUGCUUCAGUUUGAUUCAUCAUUCUCUGCUAAGACAAUGUUGUUGUGAAGAAUAACUCAAAAAAUAUUUUAAAUACUGUGACCCACAAUAAUGUGGCAAAAUACUCUUCAGCUUUUGGGGGUUUUUUCCUAAAUAUAAGUUAUUUGUGUACAUUUCCUUGGUCUUGCAGACCUCCAUGUGAAUCUUGAAGCUUUGACAUUGCCAACAUGUAUAUAGAGAGUAAAAUAUAAGUUUAUUAAUGUAAUUUGUCUACAGAUGUUUAUUGAUUUUUAAAAAGUAUAUUUUAUGUACAGGGGAAUGUGAAAUAAUGAGAAAAACUUACAGGAUUCAUUCAAGAAAAGUUUAUUACAAGUUUAAAAGGUUUGCUUGGGGGGAACUACACCCCAACACAAACCUGUAAAAAGAGCUGUGAAAGCAAAAGCUUUCUCUUGGCACCAAAUCAGGGAUGGUUAAAAAAAAAAGUUUGUUUAUAAAAUGUUUGAUACAUUGUAACCAUUUUACUGCCUCCUUAAACUGCCUUGUUGCGAAGCACAGUGUGCAGUUCUGAGCAGCCCUUUCCACGGGUGCAGCAAUUCCUCCUGAAGUCUGGCAGUUUCCCAUGCAGUCACCAUCUGUGCACCCUCCUUACUGAGUCAACCUCUGUUACUUUUAACAGUUUUCUGUGGUUCAGUAUUCCUAAUCCUAAAUAAAACUCAACCUUGGCAACUCUUGA